AUGCUAAGUUUAGAGACUGAAGCGAGAAUUGCAAAAAUAUUUCUUAUUGAGGGAACGAGGUAAGUACUUGCAGAAGAACCAGACUUUGAGCCCCUCACUGCUUUUAAUCGUAUUGAUUUCGAUCGUAAAGGAAGGCUUGAUGCAAAUGAUAUUUGCGAAUUUUUGCAAGCUAAUAAUGUACAAAUCACUCCACAAGAUGCCUAAAGUCUUAUCACAGAAUUCGAUACUGAUUAAGAUGGAUACUUAUGCUAAGAGGAAUUUAUCGAUCUCAUCCUGCCUAAUAAUAACAACGCUCUCAGAAGAGAAGCCGCAAGUAGAACACCUUACUACAUUAACAAAUCAUAAAAACUUUCAUUUAAUACAGAGUAUGCUCUAGUCAAAGUGAUCUAGCAGGAAAUUAUUCUUCUAUAAGAGUUGAAUGAAAUAAAAACUGAGCUCGCAGAGAGAUUUGAUUUUAACGUGGUAGAUGCUUAUCAACUAAUUCAACCAAGAGGUCUAGACUUUCACAUUCAUCAAGGAAUGAUAGUUGAUUUCCUAUCGAGAAAUGGUGAGCAAUUAAAUGAAGCAGAUAUAGCAGGACUUAUGAGAAGGAACAGCAUAUGCAAUGAUGUGAGGUUAUCAUUUAGAGAAUUUGAAAAGCUGAUUCUUCCGAACCACUAUUAAGCAAAAAGUAUCAAUCUGCAACGAUCCUCUCAAAAAUAAAAUACUUUAAUGUCAAGUCAUAGCAUUAGAAAUUCAGCAGUAAAAUCAUCAAUAAUUUCUCUUCGCGAUAGUUAAUACAAAUAAUCAAGUCCCCUUAGGCAGAAAAAACUGAAAUACUAAACUCCGAAUAAGACCAUCUAAAGCAAGAUUGAUCAAUCUAGCACAAAAAAUCUUAGAAGUGUUGAAACAAAAGCUGACUCAUCAGUCUAAUUUACUAGCCCUCCAAAGAAAUUUACAAUUGAUCCAAGAGAUUCUCUUUACAUUGAUAAAAGUACCUUUGGUCCCUCAACUCUGACAACUUCUUUUAUGCAUUAAAAGCAUCAAUCUGAGUAAAAAUCCAAGAAAGAAUAGGCGCCUCUUACUUUGUCAGAAGAUCCUUAUUACUUUUCAUUUAGUAAGGUAUCACCAUCUAUUCUAUGGGGUGACUAAUCUGUUACAUUGUCCCAAGAAUAUUAAAGGAAAGUAAUGACUGGUAAAGAUCAGAGAUAUUAGUUUGCUUUACCUGAUCGAGUAGGCAAAUUUAUGCUUCCUUAUGAAGAAGAUGAGCUCUACAGAUCUUUGAAGGAAUUUAUUUCAAUAGAUAAAGAUACAGAAGCCAUAAAGUGCAUCCUAGCUUUAAAAACUGAUUUUAAUCUUGAAGAAGCCUAUAAAAUCUUCGAUAAUUAGAAUAGAGGAACUAUUAAUUUAAGAGAAUUUGAAGAAGCCAUGAAUAUAAUGAGCAUCUAUCCUAGAAGGGAAGAAAUAUAACUUUUAUUUUAGCUUUAUGAUGCAGAUUAGGAUGGAAAGUUGAACUUCAAUGAAUUUUGUGCUAUGGUUCUACCUCUAGACAAAAAUUAUGCUUCAUUAAUAGUAGGCAGGAAUAAUUAUCAUGAUAGUAGAGAUUACUCUAGAGGUAACUGCUUUAUUCCAGAGACUUAAAGAGAAUUCCUAAGUGUAUUAAAUCAUUUAUUGCAAGCACAAAUGAGGUCUGAAUAGGUGAGGAAAUUAUUGGAAUAGAGGAAAAACUUUGAUGUGGCUUAAUCUUUCUAGAGUUUGGAUAAGAGUAAAAAUGGCUAAAUAUCAAAACAAGAUAUUAAGCAAUUUCUUGAAGAACGACAUUACUUCCCAAGUGAUAAGGACUUAGCAUUUCUAAUGAAAAGAUUUGAUAAAAAUCAGGACUAGAUAAUUAGUUACAGUGAAUAUAUACAAGAAUUAAAUCCCAAGAUUUAGUACUUAUGA